AGCUUUAACGGGUCUUUUUAAGGUUGCGUGUUCUCCCCUUCCAAAAAGAGAAGGUCAAUUACGCGUAUUUUUAAUCCUUCAAAAAAUCCCAUAGAAGACAGUGCCUCUACAACCACUUUUGAAUUGAAAAAAAUCAAUUUAUAUUUGUCCUUCACAGAUUUACAGUGCACAAAGAGAGAGCAAUGGGGCAAGCAUUUCGCAAAUUAUUCGACAAUAUUUUCGGCAACAAGGAAAUGAGGGUUGUUAUGCUUGGCUUGGAUGCAGCUGGUAAGACAACUAUCUUGUACAAGCUACAUAUUGGAGAAGUUUUGUCUACAGUUCCAACUAUUGGUUUCAAUGUUGAAAAAGUGCAGUACAAGAAUGUGCAGUUCAAGGUUUGGGAUGUGGGUGGUCAGGAGAAACUUAGGCCUCUUUGGAGGCAUUACUUUAAUAACACUGAUGGCCUGAUUUAUGUUGUGGAUUCUGUAGACAGGGAAAGGAUUGGGAGAGCAAAGGCCGAAUUUGAGGCCAUCGUUAAUGAUCCUUUCAUGAGGAAUAGUGCUAUCUUAGUGUUUGCAAACAAACAAGAUAUGAAGGGGGCCAUGACUCCAAUGGAAAUAUGUGAAGGUUUUGGACUUUUCAACUUACGCAACAGAAGGUGGCAAAUUCAAGGUACUUGCGCCACAAAAGGAGAGGGUUUAUAUGAAGGACUGGACUGGUUGGCUACGACUCUGAAAGAAAUGCAAGCUAGUGGAAUGUCUACAUCAUUUGCUGGUUCGACCAUUGGAUAGAACAGGUCUAUUUCUAUUUGUUUCUCAUGCAUCUGUACUGGAUCUCUUUCAAGAUAAAUAUUUAUGAGGACGAGCCAUGGCCAAACUUUUGCAUACCAACUGUGAAAGUCCAUUUGCUUCCCCUAUCCUUUGGUGAUAUAAAAGUCUUUUUUGGGCUCUGCUCAAGCCUUUGUAUGUUCAAAUCCCAGGUCCAAGUUCGUCGGUGUGUAUUUUAGUUAUUACUUAUAAGCUAAUUAUUCAAGUCAAUGUGCAAUUGCACAAGGACAUCCAGUUGACAAUUUUUAAGCCUCAUCAUGUGGAUUUCUCGGAGAGGUUCAAAAUCCUUAGGACUGCGACUGAUUUCUGCCAUGUUAUCUAGUCUUAAGAUCUAAGUCUGAAAGUUUGUGAGCAUAGAAUUAAUUAUGCUGACUAUCUGAAUGAUUUGAAACCUGCAAUAUCUACUAAAAUUUUAUUCAGCGUGCAAAAUCUAUGAAUAAAUAGCCGUAUAUAGAUAUACGACAUUUCAUUAAUUUCAAAUACAUGUGACAUCAUGAUGUUGUAAUCCUUGACAUUUGAAUGACAGUUUUUAAAGAGGAUGUGUAAUUUUAAGA